AUGGAGGAAAGGGAACAACCAGUUGUGGAGAAGGAACAAUCAGUGGUGGAGAAGGAACAAGAAAACAAAAUAAAGGUACGCAUUCACGCUGCCGCCGUGAACGCCGCCCUCCCUUCCUAUUCAAGUCAUCUCUGCCGUAGCAGUUACUCUUCCCGCCCAAACCUCUGCUUCCACAUUCUUUCUCAAUCCAACUACCUUUACAUCCCUAAGGUAAAGAAGGCUAAAAGUGACGCACAUACUAAGGAAAAGAAGAGGAAAAGGAACAGGAAACAAAAUGCUGAAGUUGAGACGCAUGCUACUGUGGAGAGCGUUGAAGUGGACAAUGGAAUACAUGCUAGUGACGCAAAGGAGAAGGCUUCUAUAAACAAAAAAGGGAAGAACAAGGACAAAAGUCUAGCUAGGAAACCAAAACCAAAACCAAAGGAAGAAGUUGAUUUGGACGAGAAAAGUGAUGGAGUAGUAGACCAUUGUCAUUCUAAUGCUGAGGAGAUCCAAGACUUUCAUGGGCAUAGAGAUUCUGAUACUGGGGCAGUUAUCAAACCCUGUAGGUCAAAGAAAGAUAAGAAAAAACGGAAAAAGGAGUUUCAAAAUUCCCUGGAAAAGGGAGAAGGGAACAACAAGCAGGAGGAAGUUUAUACAAUUUCCUCUGGAGAUGAUGACUGCUCUAAAGGAAUGAAAAAAUGGAUCAUGGAAUACCAUCACAACAGACCAGGAUUGGAUGCAUUGCAACACCAAAUUGAUGAAUUUAUAACUGCUCAUGAAGAGAAACUGGAAGAGAGUAUUAUUGGAUACAUACCGAAAGAAACAAAUAGGAAGACCUUUGGUUUUGAUGAAUUGAAAAAGGCCUUUCAUGCUAAGAGAAGUCUAGCCGUAGAGAAGAAAAGAGAAAGAAAAGAAAAAGAAGCCCUUGCUGCAGAAGGGGGGUGGACGGUUGUUGUACACCAUAAAGGUCGAAAGAAAACUACCGAUUCUGAAACUGGAAUUGCUGUGGGUUCGGUUGCUCAAGCAGCUGUGGAGAAUAAAAUGACCAAAAAGAAACGUAAAGAAGUUGGUCUAGAUUUCUACCGAUUUCAAAAAAGAGAAGCACAGAGAAAUGAGAUCAUGGCACUGCAGAGCAAAUUUGAGGAGGAUAAAAAACGUCUGCACCAAAUGAGAGCUGCCAGGAAAUUUAGACCUUAUUAA